AUGUCACAUCAACAACAACAAGCACAUUUUGAUAUCUCUAGUAAUAGUACUUUAACAACAAAUACAAUAGCAACAACUACAAAUGCUUCAGUUUCUUCAUCACCACAAUUAAACAAAGCACAAAUGGCAAUUGCUGAAGCUAUGGCACUAAAGAUGCAUGAAGAAGAGAAAAAGAAAAGAGAAGAAAAAAAAAGAAAAAGAGAUAAUGAAGAGUUAUUAUCAAAACAAGUUAGAACAAAAUUAGAAAAUGAAAGAAAGAAAUUAGAUGAUUCUGAAUCUAUUAAUGCAUCAACAAAUCAAGAGUUAUAUUCAUUAUUUAAUGAUUUACAAAUGAUAUCACAUGAUCAUAAUAUAUCAUUUGAUACACCAGAAUUAGUUGUAGUUGGUAUGCAAUCUGAUGGCAAAUCAUCAUUUAUUGAAUCAUUAUUAGGAUUUCAAUUUAAUAUUGUAGAGACAAAUAUUGGUACAAGAAGACCAUUGAUCAUUCAAAUGAUUAAUAAUCCUUCAAAACAACAACCAUCUUGUAGAUUUAAAAAAGAAGAUUAUUCAAACUCAUAUGGUGGUUCUAGUUCUUCAACAUCAACAACAAGUGGUAAUAGUAAUCAUAAUACUGAUAAACAACAAAAUGUAAGUAGUAGCCAAGGUGGUGGUGGCGGUUCAAAUAAUUUAAAUGAAGAUAAAUGGGAAGAAUAUGAAACACCAGUAAAUGAAUUAACUGAAGAGAUUAUUAGAAGAACUAAUGAAAGAACUGGUAGAGCUGGUGAUAGAGUAUCAUCUAUACCAAUCUUUUUACGUGUUGAAUUUGCUCAUUGUUCAAAUUUAAACAUUUAUGAUACACCAGGAUUUAGAAAGGGUGGUGAUGAACGUUUAAAAUAUGAAAUCUCAGAGAUGGUAAAGAAAUUAAUUGAGCCAAAGAAUCGUAUCAUUGUUUGUUUGGAACAAUCAAAUGUUGAAUGGGCAAAUACAAUCUCAAGACCAUUGGUAAAGAAAAUUGAUCCAGAUUUCUCUCGUACGAUUCUAGUGAAUACAAAAUUUGAUAAUCGUGUAAAAGAGUUGAGAAAUCGUGAAUCUGCUCAUAAAUAUUUAGAAGGUGAGGGAAUAAUAGCACAAAAGAAACCAUUUUUCAUUUCCCUUCCAUUGAAGAGAAAUUUAGAGACUCAUAGAUUCAAAGAUGCAAUGAAGGAAACAUUCCUUGAUGAUUAUAGAAAACUUUUAGAGAUUGGAUUCGAUGAGAAUAGAUUUGGUGGACAAAUUGGUAUUUACAAGGUUAGACAAUAUGUAGAGAAUUUACUUCAUGAAAAGUAUCAACAGAAUCUAUUGCCAAGUAUGUUGCAAUUAGAGUCGAUUUGCAAGAAAACCGAAGCGGAUAUCGUUCGUGUUAAAAAGGAAUUAUCAGAUAAUAACAUUGUAACUUUGAAAGAGAAAGUGAUGAGAUUCGUCUCUAAUUUCAAUGGUCAAAUCGAGAGAUUGUUAGAAGGUAGUGUUGUUGGUGAUCCUGAUGAGUUUGGUCAAACUUUACUUCAAGAGAAAGAGAAUUGCUCCGUUCAACCAUGGCCUGGUUAUAAUUUUGAUUUUGAUAUUCAAAAUUCAAAUUAUAGUUUGUAUGGUGGUGCACAAUAUGAAAGAUUGUUAAAUGAAUUCGAGUUUGUAAUUCAUUCUAAAGAGUUUCCAGAGACCUCCAUCAAUGAGGUAGCCUCUGCCAUUGGUGUAUCGAAAUCUCAUAAUUCACCAAUUUAUGAAUUGGCUGCAACUAAUAUCUUUCAAACAAAAUCAAAAAAAGUGUUACUACCAUUGAUCGAUAUUGUGUUACAACGUUCAUCUUAUAUUAUGAAGAGACUAUUCGAUAUUAGUGUAUCGAUUUUAGGAAAGGAUGAGAAUGAAUCAUCUCAUACCGUAUCAUUGUAUGAACAUUUCCUAAAGGAAUUACAAUCUCAAUAUGAAAAAUUCAUUCAAACCAUUGAAUCGGAGUGUAAAUCACGUUUAAAGGAUGACUUUGAAAUGUUUACAAAGAUUGUUGAUUGGAAUUUACUAUCUGGUUUAACUGAAAUUAAACCUUACAACUAUCUUAAAGUGUCACCAGAAGAGACCAAACAAAGAGUAAUCUCAAUAAUGGAUUGUAAAAAAUUGGAAGAUGAACCACUAUCCAGAUCAAGAAAUAUCGAUGAUGAUACCUAUCAAAAGGUUUGCAUGAUCGCUGGUCGUCUAUUCUCUGGUAUUCGUUUCUUUUUCUCAAAACUCAUUAGAAACAAAUUGAAUGCUUUCUUUUUAGAUCCAAUGUUUCAAAAGUUGGGUAGUUUUGUCACUGAUUAUUUCUCAAAAUUAAAUGAUCAAAAAUAUGAAGAAAUGUUUCAAUUAGGUUUAAAAGAAUUGGAAAAUAAAUUACAUAAAUUAGAAUUUCAAUUAAUUGAUUGUAAAAAGAAUAGAGAUAAAUUUAAAGAUGUUUAUAAUAGAAUGAAACAAUCAUUAAAUCAAAAUCAAAAUCAAAAUUCUUCAUCUUCUUCUAAUAGUGCAAGCAGUAGUAAUAAUAAUGUAAUAAUAAAACACCAACAAUCUUUAAAUGGAAAAUUUUCAACACCUGAUAAAAACUCUUUAACAAUGUCCCCUUUCACUUCACCAUUUACACAAUCAAAUUAUCACCAACAUAAUAAUAAUAAUUAUCAAAUUAAUCAACAACCAUUAGAUAUCAAUAAUGAUCAUUAUUUUGAUCAAAAUUAA